UCAAUCUUGAGACGAAUUUCACCCAGCAUUGUUAAGGAGGAGGAUCCGCCUAAACCUAAAUGUAAAAUAAAUCGCUUAAGAGCCAUUGGAAUUCAAAUAAGAUUUUUACGACGCCUUGAAAAAUCGAUUAAAACCCGCGAACGUAUUGUUUCGCCAUCGGAUAGUUGUCCCGAGGAAAAUACCGAUGACAUGGAUUCGCCACAGGCAUCAUCGCCGCUGUUGCAGCCAACAUCGCCGAACAAGACCCGACUGGCAUUGUGUCGUCAGAAACGUCUUCCCAGUGAGGCCUAUGGUAUAACGGCAGCCGAAAUGAGCACCAGCAAUUGGAAGGGCAUGGAUCGUAGUUUGAUUGGAGAUGACUUAGCCAGUGAUUGA